AUGUUAGGUCUUAAUGAAGAGCAGGUUAAGCAGUACAGAGAUGAAGGAAUGAUUUGUAUUCCUGAUUUUCUCACGAAACACGAAAUCUCACAACUUUUAGAUCGUUCUCACGAACUUCUCCAGGAUUUCAAAAUAGAAGAACAUCCCCGAACUCAGUUCAAAACUGACGACAAUGAUCACAUUGGAGACGAAUACUUCUUCAAUUCAUCUGAUAAGAUCGGGUUCUUUUUUGACACAGAUGCAUUCGACAAAAACGGAAACUUACAGUAUCCUGUUCAGCAGGCUAUUAACAAGAUUGGCCAUGGAUUACAUAUGAAAGAUUCGCUUUUUCACAAGAUCACUUUUGACGAAAAAGUCAAAGCUAUUGCCAAGUCGUUGGACUAUGUCGAUCCUCGGGUGUUGCAAAGCAUGUUGAUUUUCAAACAGCCUGCAAAAGCUGAUGUAUCGAACGAAAGAGACAAUGCUGUUCCUCCUCAUACUGAUGCCACCUUCUUGUACACUGAACCACUAUCAGCUAUUGGAUUCUGGUAUGCUCUUGAGGAUUGUACUAUUGUAAACGGAUGCUUACAGUAUCUUCCAGGAUCUCAUAAGGUUUAUCCCGUUCACAAGCGAUUCGUUAAGGUAGAUGGUGGAAGCAAAGGAUGUAAUUUUAUAGACAUAGCGAAGGAAGUUCCUGUUAAGGAGAGUCCCGAAGACUAUAAGAUAGUCGAGUGUAAGGCUGGUUCAUUGAUCUUGAUUCAUAACUCUGUAUUGCAUAAGUCAGAAAAGAACCAUUCGAACAAAUCCAGAUUUGCAUACGCAUUCCAUGUCAUCGACGGUACAGCCAAUUACGAUAACUUAAACUGGCUUCAGGUUCCUCCUGGUCCUUCUGGUGGUACGGAAUUCAGUAAGCUUUACGAAGAAUGA